AUGGCAUCCCCAUCCCUUCCCCCAACACGCUCGUCCUCACCGUUCCCAGCACCGACUUCAUCCCCAUCCUCGUCGACAUCAUCCCUUUCCCUGACGCUCUCGUCAGCCCUGACACCUCUAUCUUUUCGCCUCAAAUCGGAGGAACAACAGCUAACCGACUUCGCUCGAAUUUCCGCCCCUUUCUAUCAUCGCGCGUCUUACGAUGGCCAUCGCGACUAUUUCUUGAGGACUCUUUUCUCCAAAUUCCUCAUCCGACACCCUUUGGCGUUCCCUCACCGCAUUCCAAACCACAUCCGCCAUGAAGCAAAGACCAGGCUCUUUCAGUUCUUUUGUUCGCAAUUGAUGGCUAUGAGCGCUUGGCUCUGUGAGGUACCCCUCCCUAUGUCUUGGCGAGAGUAUUUGGACCUCGACACCAGCCUCGAUUCCACCGAGUGGGAUGAAAUGGCGGAACCAUUCCUGGCAGCUCUCAACGCAUGCCCAGGUGACCGAUUUCUGUCCUACAUCCACCCGAACGACAUGGGACAGCUUGGAUACGAUCCUGACGUCGUCGCCCCGCCGGAUUAUGAAGGAGACGGUGGUAACGUUGCUCUUAACCGACUGCGUGCCCAGUUCUCCACGCGCCCUACCGCCACCAGGCGCAUCACCACUGAGUCCGACUCCCCUUGCGAAGCAUUUCCCGAAUCACCACCCCGCUGGGCGCCAUAUCUAUCAUUUGACCUGGACGCUGAUGUCCCUUUGCCGUCUUGGCAUCCAGCCAAGAGGAUUCGCUGGGAGGAGCCUGAUGACGAGGACGAGGAUGUAGAAAGUGAGGAGGAGGACGAGGAGGACGAGGACGAGUAG